AACGAAUUCACAAGUGAAAUUUUUGUUUUUCCUUUUUUUUUCUUUUUUGAGAUCUUUACAUGAGUUGACGACUUAAAGUUUAGAAAGUCGGAAAAUCAUUUGCAGCCGCAGCUAAUUUCACUCUUAUGCAUUACGAAGCUGUCAAUCAAGAGUGAAAUUUGAAGCUGCAACCCUUCCGGCUGUGCCGCACAUAAUAAUGUUGGCUGCUGUAAGGCUACUAAUGCGGCAACAACAACAACAGAGCCCUGCAGCAUUAGCUCAUACCUGAGCUUAAACUCAGCUAUGCUGCUCGAAAUGGGUCACUCACGCCAGGUGCCUGAAAUGUGUCAAAUGUGGCCUGCAGCCAAUCAGGCAACCAGUAGCGCCUGCCUAGCGCUCACGCCAAUAGCCGCUUAAUAAGCGCAUAGAAUGCGGCCACAAAUCACAGGCGCUGAAAGCAACAACAAAAAGCGCUCAAAAUUGCAGCUCUAUAACUCCAGCUCGUCUCACUGCCUCAGCUAAGCCGGCACCUGUUACGCGCUGAGCAGCACUUGCUAGGCGUAUAAGAGAGAGUGAGAGAGAGAGAGCGGCUCAGUUCAGAUCAGAGAGCUAGUUUGUUGGCAUGUGUGUGUGUAUGUGUGUGCGAGAGCGCGUGCCUGAUCGUGAGGUGAAUUUCAGCCGGCUGUGUUGAGUUUGACCUGCAUCAACCUGUGCGCUCUCUCUCUCUCUCUCUGUUUGCUUCUGCUGUGUUGAACUUUCUGUUUGUCGAAACAACUUUCGACGCACGCGCAACGGCUUUAGUAGCGAUCGCGACUUCAAAGCGCACAGUUUGUAUGACGCUCGUAGUGAGAAUUGCGCGCAAUUUAUUUUCGAUUUUCAUUGAUUUCUCGUUCUGUUAUUGAUUUUACGCACGUAAUUAGCACAAACGGAUUGGCUGUUAAUUGCAGCGGACAGUAAUUGCUGUGCAGCCGACAGGCGACAUACCAGUGCAACGGUGUCAAUUGAUUUGAUUUGAUUUGUGAUGCGCUAAUUGGCAGCAGCUUCAAUUGUGUUCCAAAUAUGUCCAAGCUGUUGGCCAAGAAGCGCUGGUGGAAAAUCUGCUUGCCCCACUCGCAAAAUGAUGCCAACAAAAACUAUCGCGAAGUUAUACGACACAGCGAAUGCGCUUCGGUUCUGGCCAUUACGGAUACUAGCAGCAGCAGCAGUAGCGGGAGCGGGAGUGGGAGUGGAAGUGGAAGUGGAAGCGGCAUUCAAAGCUGUGAUAGUGUAUCGAAAAUAUCCCAACCGGAUGCUGGCAAAUUGUUUCCGCGCAAUAUGCCAAGCAUACGACGCAGUCGUCGACGUUCCACAGAGCGCAAGGAAAACGUUUCGGCUCCUGCUCAGGCAGCAGCUGCUGCUCCCACUCCGGCUGCUGCUCUAACCGUGCAUCGCACACAUCAGUCGCGCCAAUCGACAGUCACCAAAUUGACGCCACGCAAGCUCAAGUCGAAUUGCUCAAAGCAGCGCCACUUGGUCAAAUCUGCGGUGAAGACCAAAACGAGGGUCAAGCUGGCGCCCUACGACAUCUCACUCGAGCUGCCAGCGCCUGGCUGUGUGAACGAAACUGCGCCAAGCUUGGCACGCGCUCUGCACUCGCAGCAAUCGAGUUUGAUAAGCAGCGAUCUGUCUAGCGACUGUUUGCCCGCCAAGCAGGAGGAACAUUUCCACUCAUCGGGCAUCUCCUGCAAUGGCGAAACCGAUGACGACGUGGAGGUGGCCAUGUUAACCGGCUGCCUCAGUCCGCAGCAGCUGCAGCGCGUACAGCAUCGAAACAGACCCAAUCAACGGUUGCCACUGAAUGAGCUGCUCAGUUUAAAUGUUUGCCGGAAUCGAAACGCUGUUUGGCUGCACAAUACGCAAACGGAUCAAUUGCUGGACUGUGGGCGUGGCAACUGCGAAACAGCAGCCAUUGCCGAUGAUAUGCAAUUAAGCGAUAUUGAAGAACAAUUGGCCAAGUUUGAUGGCCAGCAACAACAACAACAAGAGCAACAACAUCAGCAACUGGCUGCCAAAACGUGAGUUCAACCUUAUUCGAGAGCACUUAGAAAGCAAAGCGUAUUGCCCAUAAUUCUCUAAUCCAAGUCGAAUACCUCAAAAGGAGAGCCCCAACAGGUUGUUAAGAUAAUCUAUAUCUAUAGAUGAGAAGCUAUCUACCCUAGCUGCCUCCCAAUUGGAGCGGCAACAGCGGCAAAACUAAUUUGAAAUGCGUUUGACGCGUUUUACAUUCCGUCCCCAGCCCCUCUGUUUUCGGCUCUGUUAUCCGAACCUGUGGGAAUAGCAAAUGGAAUUAAUGAGCCACAGAGCCCAGACCCACUGAUAGGAGCUUAGCUCAUAUGGAACAUUUUAUGGGCUAGUUUAAUGGCUGUUUAAUAGCUUUAUAUGGACGGCGCUCUAAAAUGCUCAUAAAAAGCUUUCAC